UUUGUUGUAGUUAUACACACAGCAUCUAUAUGCUUACCUAGCUAUCAAUCAAUCGAUCAAAGUCUUUCAAACCGUCGGCGUGUGUCUCCUGCGCCUACUUCCCACUCAUUCACUCUCUCGCUCUUUGUCUGUCACUCGUGUGCAAUUCAAAUACGCCGCCAAGCCACCCCCCAAAAGUCCACCCACAAAUUGAGUGAGCCCUUAUUAUCACAAAAAAAAAAAAACAUUAUUUGGAAUAAUAAGUGAACUGUAUAUCACAAUGGAGGUCUGGCGAUCGCUAACGGUUGGCGCAUUUCUAGCAUUGGGAUUUGUUUGCUUCUAUGGCAUGGUGGAGUCGUGCAAUGAAGUCGUCUGCGCCUCGAUAGUGUCCAAGUGCAUGUUGACGCAGAGUUGCAAAUGCGAGCUUAAGAAUUGCUCCUGCUGCAAAGAGUGCCUCAAAUGCCUGGGCAAAAAGUACUAUGAGGAGUGCUGUAGUUGUGUGGAGCUUUGUCCCAAACCCAACGACACACGGAACUCACUGUCCAAAAAGUCACACGUUGAGGAUUUUGAUGGCGUGCCAGAGUUAUUCAAUGUGCUAGCUACCACUGAGGAUAGUGAAAGUGAUUUUUGGGAUGUUUUCACAUUUCAAGUGGAUUGGUCCAGGGGCAAGCCCAAACUGGAUAAAGACGAGAAAUACUAUUUGAAAUUCAAUGACAAAAAUCUAGAUGAGGCACGUGAGGAACGUGAUAAUACGUUGACAGUUAAUUGUACGGUUAUAUAUUUGGAUCAGUGCGUAUCCUUGAAUAAAUGCCGUCAAAGUUGUCAAACAAUGGGCGCUAGCAGCUAUAGAUGGUUCCACGAUGGAUGCUGUGAGUGCGUGGGAUCUACGUGCAUUAAUUAUGGAGUCAAUGAGAGUCGUUGUCGGCAUUGUCCGGAAUCGAAAGAUUUGGGCGAUGAGUUCGACGAUGAAAUCGAUGAGGAUAUGCAGGACUAUGGCGAUAGUAUGGGUCCAUUUGAUGGCUCAGUGAAUAGCAAUUAUUGAUAGCAGCGAACAAAUGCCAUUUAAAGAACAAGAAAAUUUAACAAAUUAGUUACUCAAUUCAGUGACAUUAUUAUUGUGUAGUACGAAGUAAUUUUGUAUAGCAUUAUUAU